UGCAUGGGGUCGCUGAGCGGGGCCGGCGCGGUGGGCGCGGCGGUGGCGGCCCUGUACGUGGCGACCCUGCCCCCCUCCGCGCCCGGGGGAGAUUCCGGGGAGCUGAUCACAGCCGCCUAUGAGCUUGGAGUUGCUCACCCCCCAGGAUAUCCACUAUUCACUCUUCUGGCUAAACUGGCAAUUGAGCUGUUCCCUUUCGGUUCCGUGGCGUAUCGAGUCAAUCUCUUGAGUGCCUUGUUGGGAGCAGCUGCCGCGUCCUUUCUCUUUUACACAGUUGUCAGGCUUUCUGGCACGCGUGCCGCAGGAAUCUUUGCUGUGGGGAUGUUUUCGUUUUCUCGCCUCACAUGGCAAUGGUCCAUCACGGCGGAGGUUUUCAGCUUAAACAAUCUGUUUGUGGGGCUGCUGAUGGCUCUCUCCGUGCGCUUCGAGGAGGUGGCGACCGCGAAGGAGAGAUCAAAGGUCUGCAAAGCAGGUGCUUUCUGCUGUGGGCUGAGCUUGUGUAACCAACACACCAUUGUCAUCUAUGUGUUCUGCAUUGUGCUGUGGGUUUCCUCUCGCUUGUUCAGAGAGAGGGAAUUGACCCUGGACCACAUGCUGAAGUUGAGUUCCUGCUUCCUGGCUGGUUUCCUGCCUUAUCUCUACUUGCCGGCCUCUUCCUACCUCAACAAAGCCCGCUGGACCUGGGGAGACCAGACAACCCUUCAAGGAUUUAUGACCCAUCUUCUCAGGGAGGAGUACGGAACGUUCAGCCUGGCAAAAUUAGAAAAUGGAUCCAGUAUGAGUGAUACGUUGCUUUUCCAGGUGAGCCACAUGAAGGCAGAACUUUCCCUGAUGGUUCCAGCCCUGGUGAUCGCGGUGUGCCUACGUUCCUCAAUGAGGCCAAAGAUGGGGAAGCUGCAUUUGGUCUGGCUGUUUAUUUCAAUGCUCUUGGCGUAUUCGUUUUUCUUUGCUUGGAGAGCAAAUCUGGAUAUUUCAAAGCCUUUGUUCAAGGGAGUGGUCGAGCGGUUCUGGAUGCAGAGCAACGCCGUGGUUGCCGUUCUAGCCGGCCUCGGCUUCUCCUCCCUCUUUGCCCUCGGGGAGGCUUUCGUUGAGAACAGCCGCGCGUUUCACUGCCUGGAGUGGCUCGCGGCGGCCCUUCUCGUUACAGCGCAAAUCUACGGCAAUUACAGUGCCUGUGACCAAAGCCGUAACGAUGUCGUUGACCGCUUCGCGCGCAACCUCUUGACCUCCAUGCCCCCGGAUGCCGUCCUCUUGCUACGGGGGGACUUGCCCGGGAAUUCUCUUCGUUACCUUCAUUACUGCGAAGGAAUGAGGCCUGAUGUCACCUUAGUUGACCAAGAGAUGAUGACAUAUCAUUGGUACUUACCAAAGUUGGCUAAACAUUUGCCGGGCGUCAUCUUUCCUGGGGACCGUUGGAAUCCCGUGGAAGGGCAGUUACCUGACGGGACGAUCACGUUUAACCUUCACCAUUUUCUCAAAGUAAAUGAACACAAAGAAACGUUUGUCUGCAUUGGGCUCCACGAAGGUGACCCCACCUGGAAGAAAGAUUAUUCGCUUUGGCCGUGGGGCUCUUGUGACAAGCUCGUGCCUUCGAAAGCACCCUUUGACCCCGGGGAGUGGGUUGAUCGUACCAGGAACCUCUACCCCUGGAGCGAGGUGUACGGGAGGUUUGACGCUUCUUCGUGGGAGUCGGUAGCAAACGAAGAGAUGUGGCAAGCCAGGAUGAAGACCGCCUUCUUCCUUUUUGAACUCGCGGAAACAGCUCCCACGUCGGCGGAAGUCAAGGCACAGCUGUAUACGUUGGCUUUCAGUCUGUACAAGGAAAUCACAAGCAUGCACGAAGCUCACCCCGUGAACUGGCACAAAAACUACGCGAUUGCUUGCGAGAGGAUGCUGCGUUUCCACCCGCAAAGAGAAGACCCAGAGAUGCUUCUCUCGGAAGCCAUCAAGCAUUUUCUCCUUUACGUGGAGAAAGCUGUGGACGACCCUCAGCAGCGCAGUAUUUUGCAAGCCGUAAAGCACCUGAAGAAGGAACGUGGGCAGUUGAGGAGCAUGAAGAGGGGUGGCCAUAGGCCGCGUGCGUAGCGUGGGCUUGUGGCCUGCAGGCGGGAUCUGGAAUCGGAUGAGCUGUGAACAGCUCUUGGAGCAAUCUCUGAGAGGGGGAAGGAAGGAAAAGUUAGAGGAAAAUGUGAGUCGAAUCAUCUCGUAGCAAAGGUAUCCUAUCCGUCAGCCUUCCCCAACUGGUGUCUUCCAGAUGCGUUGGGCGACAGCUCCCACCAUGCCGGGGAGGAUGGGAACUGUUGUCCGAUGUUUAUGGAGGGCACCGUUUUGGAGAAGGCUGGUAUAGGCUGCUUACUUGCAGUACUUCUUAGUUUGGGAGAAAAAUUCUAAAAGAAAGGGAUGGAGCGAUGGAGGCGCAUAAAAUUAUGCAUGAGCUGGAGAAAGCGGAUAGAAGAGUUUCUCCCUUCUCUCAUAAUACUAGGAUCUGGAGUUAUCCAUUGAAGCUGAUUGAAAAGGGCCGUGGCUCAGUGGACAGAGCACCUGUUUUGCAUACAGAAGGUCCUAGGUUUGAUCCCUGGCAUAGAAUCAUAGAAUAGCAGAGUUGGAAGGGGCCUACAAGGCCAUCGAGUCCAACCCCCUGCUCAAUGCAGGAAUCCACCCUAAAGCAUCCCUGACAGAUGGCUGACCAGCUGCCUCUUGAAGGCCUCGAGUGUGGGAGACCCACAACCUCCCUAGGUAACUGAUUCCAUUGUCGUACUGCUCUAACAGUCAGGAAGUUUUUCCUGAUGUCCAGCCGGAAUCUGGCUUCCUUUAACUUGAGCCCGUUAUUCCGUGUCCUGCACUCUGGGAGGAUCGAGAAGAGUACCGAGAAGAGGAUCGAGAAGAUGUACCCUUGCUUGGGUACAUCCUACAAACAUGGGUGGUGAUGUUCGGCCUGUUCUAGAAAGGGGUGCAUUAAGGAUCAGGUUAAUAAUCUGCAGGUGCUAUUGGACCCAACCCAUUCUUUGGAGGAAGAGGCCUCGGUGGUACAAAGUCCCUUUCAUCAGUUAAACUGUGCAGCGGUUACAGCCUCUCCUGGACAGAGAUAGCCUGACUAGGUGAACUACAGUCCUAGUAACAUUCCUUUUGGAUCCGUGUAAUAAUCCAGUGGGGAGGGAUCGUCGUGCAAUGGCUGAACACAUUCUCGGCAUGCAGAAGGUCCCAGCAUCAAGCCGUGGGCAUCUCCACUUUCAAGAGGAUCAAGUAGCCGGUGACGGGGAAACUAUCUGUGCUUGGUACCUAAGAGAAGCCACUGUUAGCCCCAGUAGGCCAUUCAGGACUAGAUGGACAAUUACAUUCUGUUUUUUAAUUCAUUCCCCCCCUCCCUGGUAUAUUUCAACAACAUAAAACAGGUCAUAGAAAAAGAAAAAGAAAUAGUAUAACUACAUAAAGUUGGAAGGGGCCUAUAAGGCCAUUGAGUCCAACUCCCUGCUCAAUGCAGGAAUCCACCCAACAGCAUACUUGACAGAUGGUUGUCCAGCUGCCUCUUGAAUGCCUGUAGUGUGGUAGAGCCCACAACCUCUCUAGGGAAUUGGUCCCAUUGUCAUACUGCUCUAAAAGUUAGGAAGUUUUUCCUGAUGUCCAGCCGGAAUCUGGUUUCCUGUAACUUGAGGCCAUUAGUCUGUGUGCUGCACUCUGGGAUGAUGGAGAAGAGAUCCUGGUCCUCCUCUGUGUGACAACUGUUCAAGUAUUUGAAGAGUGCUAUCAUGUCUCCCCUCAAUCUUCUCUUCUCCAGGCUAAACAUGCCCAGUUCUUUCAGUCUCCCCUCAUAGGGCUUUGUUUCCAGACCCCUCAUCAUCAUCAUUACCCUCCUCUGAACAUGCUCCAGCUUGUCUGCAUUCUUCUUAUAAAUCAUAGAAUCAUACAAUAGUAUAGUUGGAAGGGGCCUAUAAGGCCAUGAAGUCCAACGUCAAUGCAGGAAUCCGCCUUAAAGCAUACCUGACAGUUGGCUAUCCAGCUGCAUCUUGAAGGCCUCAAGUGUGGGAGAGCCCACCACCUCCCUAAGUAACUGGUUCCAUUGUUGUACAUGGGUUAAAGAAAUUGAUUUCAAUUGGGUACAACAUUCUAGAAAAAGUGGAUUAUACAGAAACCUUAGCAAAAGCAGAUCAAAUAUCCAUAGAUGUAUCCAUUCCGGAGUGCCCCCUGUACCACCUAUUCGAACUUCAAUGGCGUUGUUAGGUCCUCAACUCAUUGCAUGAUAGGAGGUGAACAUUUAUCCUUCCAGCGUUGUAGUAUCAGUCUUGGCUGUCAAAAGGAUGCAGAGAAUCCAUUCAUGUUGACUGUGCGUUAACUUCCAGGAAGCAGGUAAAUAAUGUAAGAGAUUGUGUACAUCCAUAAAUAUAAAAGAGUGUUCCAAUACAAAGUUUAUCCAUAUAAUAACUUCCUCCCAAAAGGAGGUAACAAUUGGGCAUUUCCAAAACAUAUCGUAAAGAGAAGCAUUCGCUCUAUUACACCUCCAACGAUUAGCUGAAUUAGACAAACACUUAUUAAAGAGAUGUAGCAUCCAAUAGACCCAAAACAAGUGUUUUUGCUGAAUAAGACAUAAGCUAAGAUCCAUAGACACUUCAGAUACUGCCCUUGAAGACAGUUCACAAAUUACAGUUAGUACAAAAUACAGCUGUGAGGAUGCUAACCGAGACGGAGCACAUCGUGGCAAUCUGAAAACGGCUGCUCUAGCUCCUGGUCUGUUUCCGGGUCUGAUUGAUGGUGCUGGUUUUGACCUUUGAAGCUCUGUGCACCUUAUUUCAGGACCAGCUUCUCCUCUGUGAACCUCCAAGACCUUCCUGGGAGACCAUCCUUUGGAUCCAUCAGCCCUCUAAGUUGAGGUGCAGUUGAGAUAGGGCCUGUCCAGGCUAGGCAUAACGUGUAACUGUGGUUAGUUGAAAGCGGAAGUGAAUGCUUUCGGACACCUUCUCACGGCUAUGCCGGAGCAGGAGUGGAGUUCAGUUGUGAUGCCCCAGGGUGGUUCGUGUAGCUGUCUGAUGGUUCUUCAGCAGCAGUGGAAGCUCUGUCAGGGAUGCUUUAAGGUGGAUUCCUUUUUUUUAAAUUUAUUUAAAUUUUUUAUUUUCUACAAUACUUAAACAUACACCAUUACAAUUAAAAAAAACAUACUACAUAAUUGUUGAUUAACAUUAAUAUCUUAUCUAUAUAAUAUAAUCAAACUUAACAUAUAAGUGCACCCCCCACCUUGGGAUCUCAUUCCUAGUUCCAAAAUCUCAUACUUUCUUCUGCUGGCGGUUUCCCACUACCCUUAGAAAACACGAAUAUUAGGAACUGUUUCCAGAUUCCUUCAAAAUCAUUUGUUUUAGCUAUACCUCUUCUCACUUUAAUAUUACAAGUUAAUUUGUCAUUAAUAGCUAUAUCCCAUACGUCUUUGUACCAUUCUUCAAUACAAUAAUCUCCUUGAAUCUUCCAGUUCCUAGCUACGAUCAAUCUUGCUGGAGUCAGCAAAUUCGUUAUCAAUUCCUUAAUUUCUUUUUUACAUUUUAAAUCUUUAAAUAGUGACAGUAAUGCAACUUUUGGUGUUCGUUUUAUCUUCAUUCCCACAAUUUCUUCAAUCUCUAAAACCACCAUCUUCCACAAUUUUUGUACAUAUUUGCAUUCCCACCACAUAUGUAAAUACGUUCCUUUCCCCCCACAUCCUCUCCAACAAUUUUCUGAAUACUGAUUAUUUAUUUUAUUUAAUUUAACUGGGGUUAGGUACCACCUACAUAUAAUUUUAAAGUAAUUCUCUUUUAUUCUCACUGACAUAUUUCUCAACGCUCUUUGUUUCCAUAGUCUCUCCCAGCUCUGUUGUCCUAUUUGUACUUUCAAAUCUGUCUCCCAAACCAUUUUCCCUGAACUAUCCAUCGACCCUUUCUCCAACAAUAUUCUCUUUAUUUCACUCAUUAACCCUUUUGACGCUAUUCUUUUUCCUUUAUCACACUAGAGGCCUUCAAGAGGCAGUUGGACAACCAUCUAUCAGGGAUGCUUUAGGGUGGAUUCCUGCAUUGAGCAGGGGGUUGGACUUGAUGGCCUUGUAGGCCCCUUCCAGCUCUACGAUUCUAUGAUCUUUUUGUGGUGCCAAGCUUUUUAAGAUGUAGAGUUUUAUCUGCUUAGAAUCUGGCCUUCUCUUUUUCUUCUGUCACAGUCAUUUUUUAUUGAUGUUUUAUAUUUGUUUUUGUGUAUAUAUUGCAUUCUUUUAUUUUAAAUUUCAUUAGCUGCUGUGAAAACACCGGGAAACACCUCAAAUAAAU